AUGGCACCAUCACAAAUCUUUGACUUCAUCAACCACGAGGUUUCGGUCUCGCUGGACUCGACCAACGCUUUUGAAGGUCCAGAAAAGCUUCUGGAGAUCUGGUUUGCCGACUCUGAGACUUGUACGGACUCGGUUUUCUCCAAAGGAACCCUCCGGGAUAUUCCUUUGCCAGAGAUUGAAUCGAUGCUUGAUCUUGUUAGUUGCAAGAUUAUGUCGAAGAUUUCCAGCAAGGAAAUGGAUGCGUAUCUUUUGUCCGAAUCCUCGCUGUUUGUUUUCCCUCAUAAGAUGAUUCUCAAGACCUGCGGAACCACCGCGACCCUUCUUUGCUUGUCCAAAGUGCUGGAGCUGGUUGUGGAAUAUUGCGGAUACGUUUACUCCAACCUGGAGAACAUCCACAAGAUCUUCUAUUCGAGAAGAAGCUUCAUGUUCCCUCAUAAGCAGAACGAGAUCCACCGGUGUUGGGACAACGAGCUCGGGUGGCUCAACAAAUAUUUCCCUCCGGAGCAGUCAAAGGCUUACAUUGUCGGAGACCUGUCAAAAGAUCAUUGGUAUCUGUACCUCAAUGGCAACGGCACCGUGGAGCAGUCGCCUAGAGUUCCGAAGGCCGGAUCUCAGGUCGGUUAUCCAUUGUCGCCUGUCAUAAGUAAUGGUGCAUGUUCGGCUAAUGACGAAACUUUUGAGAUGCUCAUGACAGAGCUGGACCCAACAGCCAGCGAGAUGUUCCAGCUGUCAAAACACCUAAACGAGUUCCCGGAUAUGGACCCGGAGACCGAGGAUUACGGGCAUCUUUUGGGACAAAAAAUGAUCUCCAAGAGUGGCCUUGACAGCGUUUUGGAUGGAUAUGCGCGUAUCAAACAUGAUGCGUAUGCAUUUACUCCGUGCGGAUUUUCGUCAAACAGCAUCAUGGAUGAUAAGUUUUAUUGCACGUUACAUAUUACCCCUGAGACAGGAUGGUCGUAUGCGUCUUUUGAGACUAAUUAUCCUAGUGCAUCCAAAACAGACGUGCUAUGCAACGUGGUGAACAUUCUCAAGCCCGGUAAAUUCUGCGUUGUUCAUGUUCAGGAGGCUAUCAACGAGAAAAACUCUGCAGUUGACUCUUUGAGAAACGUCUGUGUGGCUGGCUACAAGCGGGUGGACCAGAUCUUGUACGAUCUCAAGUUUGACUACUCCCUGCUGUACAUGUAUUUUGAGAAAGAGUUAUAG